UUAUACUACCCAUAGUUUUGCUUGCUUGUUUUGAAACAUUUUGUUGAUUUAUCUUCUAUUUAUCCGUUUUUAUAAAUAAAGGCUCUAACAUCUCAUUAAUUUGAUUAAAUGAAUUGAGAAUAGUGCUUAGAGAGAAAAGAGGACAAUGGAGAGAAAAAAUAACCAAAAGAAUGGAUCCCAUCCAUUUUCUUCUUCUGGAAUUUUUAGCUCUGUGUUUUCUUCUCAAUCACCUUUGGUAUUAGGGAGAGAAUCUGUGCGAUUUGAAGUCAAUGAGAAGAUUGACGACAAGACAUUAAACUCCAUAAUUGAAACUCAAGAUGAGAUCUUGAAGAACAACCAUAGAAGUGAAGUAUAUAAUGCAAAAAAUAUCAAUAUGAGUUCCACCUCCCAUGAUCAAAUAACUCAUUCAUGUAACUUCAGUUCAUCCAUAUAUUAUGGUGGUCAAGACAUAAUUCCUAAUACUCAGAGUACACAAAAUGUUGGAGUAAUUCUAUCUAAUAAUUGGGAAAAGGAUGAUUCAGGAGUUGCUUCAAGAGGAGAUUGGUGGAAAGGGGGACUUUAUUAUUGAAUCAUCAUUGCCAAUAAUAUAAGCAUAUAUGCUUUACUAGGCACAGCAGGAUAAUCUGGCACUAUAGUCUGUUAUAAACAUUUAGUUUCUUUUCCAUGGCCAAACAGUAGAAUCAUAAUAUGAAUAUUCAAUCAUUUUAAUUUUUGAUUUAUUGUUAUGCGUGCUAUGAUUAAACAUAAUAGCUUUGAGCACAUUAGAUCUUUGAACCAUAUCUCAUGCUGGAAAAGUUGUUUAAUUUCCACCCCUUUAUAUUACUU